AUCUCGUACAGAACGUGAAUUUGCGUAAUUUGCAUAUUUUCAGUCGAGCUGUCAUGGCGGACGAUAAAACAUUUACAAAUGCUAUAAUAAAAAGGCAAGAACAAUUAACAAGAUGGGAAGAUUCCGAUACAAACAAAUGUCCACCGCAUACGUUAAAGAAAGACAAAAAAGUGCAAUUUCAAGACGGUUGCAUAUUUCUCGCCGCUUGUUCGAGCGGGGAUCGCGACGAAGUGCAAGUUUUACUAGAUCGGGGAGCGGAUAUAAACACAGCUAACAUAGAUGGCCUGACCGCAUUACAUCAGGCGUGCAUCGAUGACAACCUGGACAUGGUGGAGUUCCUGGUGGAGCAUGGGGCCGAUGUGGACGUCUGUGACAAUGAGGGGUGGACACCACUGCAUGCCACGGCCUCCUGUGGGUUCUCCGAGAUUGCAAGAUACCUCCUGCGUAAGAACUGCAAUGUGGCGGCGGUGAACAAUGACGGGGACCUGCCGUACGACAUCUGUGAGGAUGAUGAGAUGGAGAAACUCCUCAAGCAGACCAUGGAUGAACAGGGUGUUGACGCUGACGCUGCCAGGCGGGAUGAGGAAGAUCGUAUGAUGACUGACGCUAAUGCGUGGCUUGCUGCUAAAAAUAGAGGUGAAAUGCUGGUAGAAGACAAACAUCAGAAAACGGGGGCAACAGCGUUACAUGUAGCUGCAGCAAAAGGCUAUGUUAAGGUUAUCAGUGUGCUGCUGACAGCGGGUGCGGACAUCAACAACAAGGACGUGGAUGGCUGGACCCCACUCCACGCGGCCGCCCAUUGGGGCAUGCAAGACUCGUGUAAAAUACUCGCCGAGAACAUGUGCGAUAUGGAGGCCAAGAACCAGGCUGGUCAGACGGCCUUCGAUGUGGCAGAUUCAGAACUGGUUAAACUGUUGGAAGAGUUAAAACUGAAACAGGCUGACCUCAAAGACCAGCAGAAGGAUCUUCACAUUGUCACUAUAGUACCGACAGGUAGACGGAGAAAAAGACAGUCAGUUUUAGAUAAUGGGUUUUCAGCACCGGACUUGAAUGCACUGAUUCAUAAACCAGUCUUGCAAAAGAGGAGCUCGGUGACGCGCAUGAGCGGCGGUCAGAAGCACAACGUGAUGAUGAAGAACGUGGAUCAGGAGAAGGCAACCCUGGACGUGCCUGCGCCCGGCGGAGAGGACAAGGGCAAGAGCAGCUCUAGCUCCUGCAGUGAGGACGAGAAUACGUCUGACUCUGAGACAGAAAAGAAAAAUGAACUUAAUAAAAAGACAGUGGAGCCCAACCCGCCAUCGGAGCGCGACAAGCAACCGUUCAUGACCACCGUAGAAAUCAAGGAGAAACACACAACAGAAAUGCCGAAGAUCGAAGAAACAGUGGAAAGCACAGAAAAGGAGUACAUAAAGAAUGCCGAUGAAAACGAGGAGGUCAAGAAGGGACUGAAGAAGGACUCGGAGAUGAUUGGGGACGGUUUGAUUAUCAAGGACAAGCUGUAUAAUAACGGUAAGCCUGAGAAAUUGGCCAACAAUAACAUCCGAGGGAAAUCUGAUAAAGACGGGGAUGACUUAAAACAGAAAUCAAAUAUCAUUAAAGAAGAGAAUACAAACUCAGAGGGCGAUGUAUUUGAAGAGAAGCCUGAAAAGGACACUGAUGCAAACAAAGACCUUAUUAAUGAGAAACAAAAUGGGGAAAAAGUCAGGAAUGAAACUCCUCUAAUUGAAGAAGUCGGUACUAAGCGAGAUAAGGACGUACUGAAGCGCACAAUCAGUGCCCCGCCUGCUGUCAUGGAGGUGCCCAAAAUUUCAAUCAACUCAAAAUCGUAUGUGAAAAACGAUGUCAAAGGUGAGAGUGACACCCCGUCUUGGCGUCUGGGCCUGCGAAAAACAGGAAGCACCAGUAUGGUACCCCAUGAAACCACGGUUGCUAAGGUAGCCACAGAUGACAAAAAUCUAGCUAGGUCAGCCUCUAGUCCAAGACUUGCUGAGGAGGAAGAUAACAAGAACAAUGAAAAGAAUGACAAGCCGUCGUCACGACGACCGUUUCUCAGUUCUUCUUCCUUUUCCGGCUCUGACAACAAUAACUCCAGCCUCACUGACAGACUACAGCGCUGGAGAAGAUUUGGGGGUCAAGUGGGUCUCACGAACCCACACCGGUUUGUCUCGGCCGGGCCCACUGUUAGCCCGUACGUCCCUUACUCUCGCCGGCAACAACAGCUUGAAAACGAGCGAAAAGAGCGAACGGAAAAAGAAAAUGCCGAUAAAGAGAAUAGAACAAAUAUUCGCAACUCUUCGUCAGACAAUAUAGCGACAAUAUUGAGCACGUCAUCCACGACCACUAUAACCACCCCCACUUCCUCCUUCACUCACCACAGAAAGUCGUACGAACCUCCCAAGCGCGAUGAGGAGACAGAAAUGUUGCGCAAAGUUCGUGCCAAGCGUGCCAGGGAGACCCGUAGGUCUACACAGGGUGUGACAUUGGAGGAUGUUCAACAGGCCAACGCGGUUCUUAGUAAGACUGACCCCAGCAUAGUAACCACGGCAACAACAACAACAACAUCUGCCAUCUUGGCAACCACAACCAUUGCAACCACAGAAACCCCCGUGGCAACCACAAGCCUGACAACGGACACAACCACCACAAAAUCUCAGGACACUUCUGCCUCGUCAUCGCGGACAAGUGUGUUAGGCAAUUUGAACGUUAACAAUGAUAAAGACAUUAGUAGUCGAGUGCCAGUUGAUGUGAAUAUUCGGAGAAGUCAGUCUACUCGUGAAACAGACACUGCCUCUAUGGCUUCUUGGAGAAAGCAACGUGAAGAUCCUGCUAAAAAAGAUGAUGAUAUUAGUGCAACACGGAGUAGCAGUUUUCGAAGAAUACGAGAAGGUGGCAGUGGGUAUAACCUGGAAAACUCGGCAUAUGUCCCUCGAAACCGCACGGAGCGUGCAGCAGAGCGCAAUGCAUUGUCUAUGGUGGAUGUAGGGGGCCCAUCAGGGACUGGAGGAAACAUCACAAGGUCGGCCUCCUUGCGGCAGGAGAGGUUGAGGAAGCAGGAGGAGGAGACCGCCCUGGAACAACAACGCAAGGAGAAGGAAAAAGAAAAAGGUAUUGUAUCCGAUGAUCUAGAUGGGGACAGGUCCAGCCAGGACAAGGACGACAAACGUCACGAGUCCACGGCAAUACGGAGACGCAAGAUCAACCGUGAGAGACGCUCCACUGGCAUCGCCACCUAUACACCUGAGACAUUAAGGCAAAUAAGAGAGAAUGCUCAGAAAUGGAAAGAGGAAGGCAAUGAAGAAGAAGAUAAGGAUAAGGAGAACAAGGAGGAAGAUAAAACUGACAAGCCUUCAGAUACUGAUGAUAAGAUAUUCACAAGGCCCUAUCCAGUGAUUAGUUCGCGGUACCGCUUUGGUUCUACGUCUGAUGUGCCAAGCCGACCCAGCUCCUAUGUUGAUUACGCUUCCUCUAGUCGCUCGACGCCAUCCCUCGAUAAGGACUAUAAAAAGCUGUAUGAGGAUGAGAAGCAAGACAAGGAGCGGUUGCAGCGAGAGCUGGAGCAGUGCAAGAAGGAGCUACGGGAGGCCAAGGUGGAGCUUGAGAAACAGAUGAAGAAGCAGGAGGCCUCACGGGUGGCCGAUACCAACGAUAAACGGGAGCGGAGGGCAUUAGAACGAAAGCUGUCUGAAAUGGAAGAAGAAAUGAAGAAAAUGGAACAACUGAAGGAGGACAACAGAAGAUUACGUGAAGAAAAUGGAGCACUUAUACGUGUUAUAAGUAAACUAUCAAAAUAGUCAGGACUGGUAACUUAGAGUCAAGUAUUUUAAAUUAUAAUUUAAACUUUGGACGAUACUGCCUUAAAUCUUGCAUUUUUGUGGCUGAAAGAAGCUAAUUAUCUAUUAGAUAUUUAUUAUUUUAUUGAACAAUGUAUGUUUACCAUGGUCAACCAGUGUGUGGCAAAACAUUUAAAAUGAAAAGAACCACCAUGAUGAAGGAACAAGAAACUUAUCGUCAUGGAAACCUAGUUGUCAUGAACUCAGCAAGCAAGGUGGAUGGUAGAAUUAUUUAUGUUGCCAUGGCAGCAUUUUAAAAGUGCAAUUCUGGCUAGGUUAGCUCUAUGUGAUACUAUGAUUCAGGAUGUGGCUCUGUCGUGGAUUCGUUUGUUAGCUGAGGGAGACCUGUUGCUAUGCAAUUAUUUAGUUGCUAAGGGAGGUAGUUUCGGUUGCUAUGGAAUGAUUUAGUUACUAAGAAAGUUUUGUUUGGUUGCUAAAUUAAUGGCAUUACAAGUCAUGUAGUUAAUAUAUCAUAACAUUGACUGGAUCAGUUGAUGUUUGAUUUUGUUCUGUAAUUCUCCACCAAAAGAAAUUUGACCCUCCCUAUCUGUACGGAGUUAAUCCUUAUCAAAUAUUAUUACUGCAAACUGAUUCAUUUGUAACGAGUGUACUUACAGUGCAAACAUUCAGUGACAAAUAAUAAUAAUUUUUUGUCAGACAAUAUUUUGAUACAUAUAUAGUUUUUUAUAUUUAUUGGAUUGUUUAAUUGCUUUAAAUAACAAUAUCUUGCCAUUUUCUUUAAGUUGAAAAUUCAGGCCUUAAGAUCAGUGUUUGAAUAAUUUAACUUGCUACAUUUAGUUCAAUUUCCAGAUAAUCCAGUUUUUCUGUGUUUGAAUACUUGUAUUGCAUAUUUAAUCUGUCCUAACAUUCAAGUUAUUGAACAUUUUACAGUUAAUGUAAGGAAAUGUAUGACUUCGUAAAGGACAAAAUCAAAUUACUAUUUUAAGAAUAUUUUUUCAAUAAAAUUAUUGAUAACUUUGUUUUGAUGAGGUGGAUUCUCCCAAAAAUGUAUUACCCAAUAUUAUUAUUGUCCCUAUGUUUGAAGUUAAUCAAUGUUGAAUAAGGAUCACACAACUUUUACAUGUUUUUCCCUUAAUAAAGUUGUAUCACUUUUUAAGCAUAAAGAAUUGAAAGCUUUAUUCCAGUACCAUUUUAGCUGUUAAUGGAAAUAGAUACACCACUGACUCCUAUAUCUUUUUUUCAAAUCCAGACGUAAUAAAAAAAGUUACACUUUGACAAACAGUGUAACAAAAAAGGAUUUUUGAACAAAGGGCAUGCUAAAUUGCUGAACAUUUUGAUCACAUUUUGGAAAAUGGUUCAAAUCCAAGGAAUAUCUUGACAGUUUGAUAUUUGAAAUUAAUACUUUUGAUAGUAUUGAUAUUUUCAAUAAAAUAUAUUGAACUUCAAAAGAAAGUGACUACGGGAAUAGCAUCAGGCUACUUCUCUUUAGAUCUUUUCACAAGCCCAUGUCUCUUAACCCGUUUAUGCCUAGUGGACUCUCCCAUCCUUCUAAAUUGAAUCAAUUUAUUUCCAAAAUGAGGGAUGUCUAGUAUAUUUAUUUCUAUAUUUAGAAUAUUUCUUACAGAAAUUCCUUGCAGCAAACAGCGUAGACCCUGAUAAGACGCCGCAUCAUGCGGCGUCUCAUCUGGGUCUACGCCGUUUGCCAAGGCCUUUUUUAGACCCUAGGCAUAAAUUGGUUAAUUAUUAGAGCAAUAUAACACAUUUGUAUUUGUGUCAGCCAGUUUGAUGGCAAUUAUUUAUUUAUGUUCCACACCCCGAAAAUCAUAAUGGUAAUGCCGUAGAUUAUUUACUUGUAAACAAUGUUGUAGCCCACUUUACGGAAGAUGUUCUGUUUGUCUGUGUAUUUUACGUAGAUAUCUGACCUUAUCAUAGCUAUGAAUAGCUUGUCAGUUGUAUGCCAUUUCCUCUCCAAGGAUUUGUCAAAGCUGAUUGGCUAAUUAGUUUGUUGUUGUUGUUUUUGUUGUUAUUCAGAACUUUUGGCCACAUGACACACUGACUCUCAUCCCAUUUGCAUUUCAACCCAUGCUUUUAUUGGUUUUCAUCAAAUGGUAUAUUGGACAGAAUUGAAGAAAUAAAUUAUUUUACCUAUUCACAUUAUGUUUGAUUACUGUUUUGUUUAAUAUAUAAAGAAACUUACAUUAGUUGUGUUAGUUUUUUAAAACAAGCUCAAUGUACAAUUGUAAUUUUUUUUUUAAUGUGCCCUUCUCUGUGAAAAAGGGUUUAAUUCAUGUGUGUAAAGUGCCGUCCCAGAUUAGCCUGUGCAGUCUGCAUAGGCUAAUUAGGGACGACACUGUCCGCUUUUAUAUUUUUCAUUGAAAGUCUCUUCUUAGCAAAAAUCUAGUUAAAGAGUAAAGUGUCGUCCCUGAUUAAUCUGGGACGACACUUUAUGCACAUGAAUUUAACCCCGUUUUCACAGAAAGAGACUCAAAUAAAUGUUGGUAUGAUCAGACAAUUGUUGUAUCUGCAAAUACCAGGUUUUAACCCCAAAAGUAGAAUGAUUUUGUCGGAUUCAAGUUUAAAACAAUGGAUGUUUAGUUUGCUAUUAUGAGUACCCUCGAUUUUACUCGUCUUCUGGUGCUAUUUGGAUUGUUAUAAUACUGUUUGUUAUUUAACAUGUACUUAUAUAUUUAUUUGAAGUGCAUACAAGUUUACUAUAAUGUUUCCUGCCCUAGAUAUGACAACUUUUAGGAUUAUUUGUACAUUUUUUGUGCGUGAUUUUUGAAUUUCUCUCUCCACCUUUUGUGCCUUGACUGCUAAUUUAUUCAUCAUAUCUCUUUCAUGGUCUUUUUUUCUCAACCUACUUAUUACUUCAGUUUUUUUUUGUAUUUUGUUCAAUGAAUGAUGUUAUUACACUUAGAAUGUGUGUGAGUUGUUUGGGGAAUGUUACUGAAUUGUAAUAUAUGCUAUGAGAUUAAUCUUGGUCAUGUUAUGUCAAUAUGAAUAUCAGAUUAGGUAUUGUAAAUAAUAGUACACUGUUAUGGAGUGUUUGUAAAUAUAUAAUCAUGUUUAGUGUUAUUUUCAAUUUCUAGCCCUUGUAAAUAGAUGUAAAUAAGUAAAUAACCAGUGUAUUCCCAGUCUCCAAGCCAAAUGUGGUUGCAGAAACACAAGUUUCUAAAGUUUGCUGUUAUUAUAUGCCUGUUGUUGUUAUUUUUUGUAACAAAGGGGAAGAACAAUGACAAGAUCUUGAUCUCAGUGGUUACUUCCCUUUAUGAAAAUUGAAAGAUGGCCCUAUCCUGUUUGAUUAAUCUAAGAAAUUAACUUUUCUAUUUACUUGUUUGCCUCUACGACAAUACCUAAAUUAUGGCAUCUAUGACAAAAUAUUUAUUUUUUUAUUAUGUGUAGACUACUAGUUGAAUUCAUGAGAAGUGUAUACAGUAUGAAUAUUAUUGUGAUGGUGAUUUAUUAGAUUACUUUUAGGAGAAGAGGAAACAAGAAUGAACCUUUUUUGAAAUUUCAAAAUUCUAAAGAAAUUAUUUUUAACCGCGUCAGAAGGGGGUAUUGUUGGAAUAUACUUAUAGUCUGUAUGUCCUUCGGCCUGGGUAAGGGUUAAUCAGGUUGAUCCAUAAGUUAACAUAUUAAGCAUGUUAAUCAUUUUAAGGUUAUCAAAUGUAUACAUUUUGUUGUUUUACGCACAUACAGUUGAAUACAUCAAAUUCUAUGUACAGUCAGUACUGUUGACACAUUGUGUGUUUUUUAUGCCCCCGGUAGGGUGGCAAAUAGCAGUUGAACUGUCCGUCAGUCAGUAUGUGUGUAUGUCAGUCUGUCCGUCUGUGCGAAAAAACUUAAACAUUGGCCAUAACUUUUUUACUAUUGAAGAUAGCAACUUGAGAUUUGGCAUGCAUGUGUAUCUCAUGGAGCUAAACAUUUGGAGUGGUGAAAGGUGAAGGUCAAGGUCAUCCAUCAAGGUCAAAUGUCAAAUAUAUGGCGUCUGUCGGUCCGAAAACUUUAACAUUGGCCAUAACUUUUUCAAUAUUGAAGAUAGCAACUUGAUAUUUGGCAUGCAUGUGCAUCUCAUGAAGCUGCACAUUUUGAGUGUGGAAGUUUAAGGUCAAGGUUAUCCAUCAAGGUCAAAGGUCAACAAGAAUCAAAGCAGCAUUCUCCUGAAGCUGCACAUUUUGAGUGGUGGAUGUUCAAGGUUAAGGUCAUCUUUCAAGGUCAUCCUUCAAGGUCAUCCUUCAAGGUCAAAGGUAAAACUUUUAAAAAAACAAAGCGGCGUUCUCAUGAAGCUGCACAUUUUGAGUGGUGGAAGGUCAAGGUCAUCCGUCAAGGUCAUCCUUCAAGGUCAAGGUCAUCCUUGAAGGUCAAAGGUCUGAAAGAAUAUUUUUAAAGCAGCGUUAUCAUGAAGCUGCACAUUUUGAGUGGUGGAAGUUCAAGGUCAAGGUCAUCCUUCAAAGUAAAAAAAAAAAUCAAAGCGGCGUUCGCAUGAAGCUGCACAUUUUGAGUGGUUGAAGUUCAAGGUCAAGGUCAUCCUUUAAGGUCGAAGGUUAAAUAAAUAAUAAAAAUUUCAAAGCGGCGCAAUAGGGGGCAUUGUGGAGGCUGACGAACAGAUCUCUUGUUUCAUUUUGCUAUUCUGAAUUUUGGUCCUGUCCUGUCAGCCUGGAUUUGUUAGUAUAAACAGGAAAAAGUGCACUUCAAAACAAUUAAAUGAAGGACUGAAUGUGCAACUAUUGUAUAAGACCAGAAAUGUUGAAAAGUAAUAACGGUUCCACCCUUCGUGCUGCACGAUCUUUCAAAACAAAAGGUGAUAGUAGUGUUUUAUUGAAAAGCCUUCUGGAGAUCAAAAUCUAUAUUCAAUUUCAGCUUCUCUGUUAUAUCUUCAUAUACACAUGUCUAUUUAAAUUAAAUUGGGCCAUGUUGAUAAUGUAUCGAUAGACUGUUCUGUGUUUCCAUAGUCAUGAUAGAUGUAGUAUAGGUUUUGCAAAUUAGGCUGAAGAUAGUUGCAUUAAAUUCUUGAGUUAUAUAAUAAGCCACUGCUGGUCAAUCAUACAGCCACAUAACCUUCCCACCAUGAAUGUUCUUGACCCUGCCCACUCUUCUUAUGUCCUCAAGCAAAUUACAGCCAGUUUACGGCUUAUCAUGUGUGUGCUCCAUUUUUGUGAUAUAUUGUAGUUUUGCAUAAUACAUGUUUUGUUACGUUUUACCUUGUUUGACUUUGAAAAUUGAUGAUAUUGUUUUAUUGUACAAGAUUAAUUAUUCACCAGAUUGUUUUGUUGUUAAACAGCCUUUAAAACACUGGGUAAUCAAACGUUAAUUUCUGAAGCUGAAUAUGGGUCAAUAUUUGCUUUCCUGCCUUUCUUAGUUUAGCAGUCAUAUGUAAGAUAAUAGAACAUUCAGUUACGAUUGCCUUGAACCAGUAUAUCAAAUGGCCAAUAUGGGCAAUUACCUAGAAAUUUGGAAGUUCAGUUGUUGAUCUUUAGUUGCGAAGAUCUCUCCCCCCCCCCCUCCUGUCCCCCACUUCUUUGUGCUCUGGGGAAAGUGUUGUCCCUGAUUAGCCUGUGCCUGUCCCUAUUCUGGGAAGACACUUGACACACAUUGCCUUGCAUUGUUGAUUCCCAGUUAUUUUAUUGAAAACUCAGUAAAAACUGAUGUAGAUUUCAGUGAACGUACAUUUUUGUUUUUAUACAUCUGUUGUUUUCUUGAUGCAACAGCUUUAAUUGCUGGUUGUUUAAGCAUUUGAGAACAAAACAUUGUCCUUAAAAUUAUAAUUAUUUUGUAAUUAUACAAUUAAUUUAAUGACUUUGUUUUUUCCACCAUUGGGUGACAUGUUGGACCCAAUGUCUGCUUAAAACCCCAAAACUUUUAGCUUGCCCUUGAAAAUAAUGGAUUGAUUUGAAUUCAGAAUGUAUGUUGAUGUUUCGUUGAAAAGGGAAUCUAGCCAGUUGGCGACCCUUGACCUUUCCAGGAGGUCAGUGUCACAGUUGCUAUGGUAACUGUGACCUGAGGUCAUUUGAAGGUCAAUGGGAGGAGCUUGUGCUGGUGACAUGUUGGACCAGCGCCUGGCUUCACUCCACUAUAUCAUAAAGAAUUCUGUCUCCCUUAGAAUCUUGUUUUCGAAAAACUUGUCUUAAUGAAUGUGCAUGAAAUGUCAUCCCAGAUUAGCCUGUGCAGUCUGCAUAGGCUAAUCAGGGACGAAUGUUUUCACUUUUAUUGAUUUUUUCUUAAUGCAAAUCCAGUGUAGGGGAAAAGUGUAGUCCCUGAUUAGCCUGUGCAGGCUUCAAAGGCUUAUCUGGGAUGACACUUUAUGCACAUGCAUUUAAUCUGGGUUAUUGCCCAUUUAUCAACCCCCCCCCCCUUUUAUAUCACACGCUUCUUUUAACAGUUUUUAACCAGGUUUUCCGAAGGAAAAAACUGGUUAUUAGAUUGGCGAAUGCGGGCGGGCUGGCUGGCUGGCUGGCGGGCGGGCGGAACAAGCUUGUCCGGGCCAUAACUAUGUCGUUUAUUGUCAGAUUUAAAAAUCAUUUGGCACGUUUGUUCACCAUCAUUGGACGGUGUGUCGCGCGAAAUAAUUAGGUUGAUAUCUCCAAGGUCAAGGUCACACUUUGAGU